AUGUCUUAUAAUCCCCCCACAGGUCCUCCACCAAACUGGUCCGACAGCAAGCAGCAACCUACAGUAACCGACGAAGGUGCAGGCCAGGCAUCAAGAGGUUACGCCCCACAGGGUCAGCCCCAAUAUCAACAAGAUUACCAACAAGGUGGUGGAUAUCCUCAACAAGGUGGCGGAUAUCCUCAACAAGGAUACGGCGGCGGAUACCCCCAGCAGGGUUACGGAGGUCCUCCUCCACAGGGCGGCUACGGCUACCCACAGGGCGGUGGAUAUUAUCAGCAACAGCCGCAACAGCAAUACUAUGUUCAGCAGAAACGUUCGAGUGGUAACGAGAACUGCUUGAUGGCAUGUUUGGCCGGUUUGUGUAUCUGCUGUACCUUGGAUAUGCUCUUCUAG